AUGAACAGCAAUAUGAAGGUGGUGCAGAAGAUGGCGCAGUUGUGUAAGCAGCACCCAAGGCCCGUUAUGGCCGCUGCAGCUGCUGUGGGUGGCUACGCCGUCUUCAGGACAAUCAUGUUGAUGUGCGCUGUCGGCAAGCAGAUCAGCGCUCAGGUGAAUUUCAAAAACCUCGAGCGGGAUACAGUUCAUCUGUUCAUUCAUCACCGCUGGUCGCACGGACCUAACUACUUCCCGGCCUGCCUCAAGGUAGAGACGUUCCUGCGCCUCGCUAAGAUUCCGUACACAGUGCACUUCACCUCGGACGCUUCCGCCUCGCCCACAGGNCGGCUUCCAUUCAUCGUCUACAACGGCACUGUCAUUGGUGACAGCGAGUUUAUUGUACAGUUCCUGAAAGAGGAAUUUAAGGUGACUAUGGACGACCAUCUCACACCAGAGGAGCAGGCCAUAGGCCUCAUCACGCGCCGAUUGGCGGAAACGUCGCUCAACUACGGCCUGCAGCGCACCAUGCUGGUGGAUCGGCCGGAGCUGAUGCAGGACGUCUUCGCAAAGGAGUACCAACUUGACCCUACAAUGGCGCAAUCGCUGGUACACAGCAUGCGGGGCACCCUCAUAAAAGUGCUCAACACCAUCGGAUACGGCAAUGUGCCGCAAGAACAAUACCCGCAGGAGUUUCUGCGCGAGGUGGAGAGCCUCGAGACACUGCUGAGUUUCAAACCGUUCCUUCUUGGCAGCAAGCCGACAAGCUACGACUGCGCCGUGUACGGCUGGCUGCAUGUGGCAGUGGAGAUUGGACCUCACGGCCCGGCCAUGGCAUACCUGUCAAAAAGCAAAACGCUUCGUGAAUACGUCGCACGUGUGACAAAGUUGGCGUUUCCCGAUAUCAAAGAACUCAACACCUUGGAUGAGACGCAAAGAUUUAUUCCCUACAAAGAGAGCGCAUCUUUGUAG